AUGUCUACUGAAAAGGACACUAACGUUACAAUGAUUAAAGAUACUGAAAAGGACAUUAACAAUACUAAAGAGGACAAAAUCGGAGUUCAUGAUCCAUAUGCAUACCAUAGACCUCAUUUUAUUAGAUGGAAGGGGUCAGUUUUAAGCAAAGUGAUUCCUUCUGCUAUAAUAGUUGCAAUAAUAGCAACUAUUGUGACGGUGGUUCAUCUAAAAACUCCUAUUAAAUUAGGUAUAGAGCCAUCCUUUAUUCCAGUACUUAGUUUCGUUGUAGGUCUAUUACUUACUUAUAGAACAAAUACCGCUUAUGACAGAUUUUGGGAAGGAAGAAAACUUUGGACAACCUUAACUGUAGCUAUAAGAAAUUUAACAAGAUGUAUUUGGAUAAAUAUUUCCGAGACAGAUGGUUCGAAAGAUAUCGUGGAAAAAGUGUCCGCAAUACAUUUAUUAUCGGCAUUUGCCCAUGCUACUAGACAUUAUCUACGAGAAGAUCCUCCACUCGAAUAUCAUGAUUUACAACAUCUUAUAUCAAAUAUAAAAAGUGAUUUACCAGGAUUUGAACCGAUUGAAGAACAAGAUUUAAGAGAUAAUAUCAAAAAAUAUGGAAAGAGUUUCGGCCUAAAAAUGUUUAAGAAAUCAAAACUUACUCCAGCACCCGAAAAUCAUAAUUUACCUUUAACGAUAACACUUUACCUUGCAUCAUAUCUUGAAGAAAAAACACGACAAGGGAAAGUCGAUGUUCCAACUAAAGUCUCAAUGCACGGUUCAUUAAAUUCUUUGGUCGAUUGUUUAACGUCUUUAGAAAGAAUUUUAAGAACUCCCAUUCCGUUGGCCUAUUCAAUUCAUUUAAGUCAAACUGUUUGGAUUUAUUGUAUCACUUUACCUUUUCAGUUAGUUUUGCGUUUUGAUUAUGCGACUAUCCCUAUUGUUUUCAUAGCUUCACUUGUUUUGAUGGGAAUUGAAAUUGGUGGCGAGAUUGAAAAUCCUUUCGGAAAUGAUGCUAAUGACUUAGAUUUAAAUGGUUUCUGCAAACUUAUUGAACGUGAGUUGGAUACAAUCGUUGCCAAUCCACGUCAAUCUGUAGAAACUUGGGUAUAUAGUGAAAAGAAUCAAGCAUUAGGUCGUGAUGGUGGUUCAGCUUCUGAAGUUCUGAAAUAUUCAUCAGAAGAAAUUCGUUCUAAAGUAUCCCAUCCUGAUGUGAUUGCUGUUCAAGUAGAUUCUCAAAAUAAGGAAGUUAAUCAUUAA